UUUAAUAGUGACAGUAAACAUGGGCGAUGCCGAGGACCGUGGUGCUGAUCGCGGUGCGAGUGAGCCGCCUGUGCGCACAUCGAGUCGCCGUCGUGUGGAGUCACCGCGCCACUGCGAUGCAGGUUCCGGGGCCCCUGGCUGGCGGCUGGUCCCUGCGACUCAAGAGACUCGGGGAGACACAGACAGACGGAGACUCGGGGAGACACACGGAGACUCAGGGAGACACACGGAGACUCGGGGAGGGGAGGCGCAUCGCGGCAUGAUCCGCUUCGUGCUGCUGGUGAACGCGCAGGGCCGCGUGCGCCUCUCGCGCCACUACGAGCGCCUGGGCGCGGCGCGGAGGAGGCUCGUGGAGGCCGCGGCGGCGCGGGCCGGGCUGAGGGCCGGAGACGGCGACCAGUGCUCAUUCGUGGACUACAAGGACUAUCGCCUGGUGUCACGCCGCUACGCCGCGCUCUACUGCAUCGUGGGCAUCGAUUCGGAAGAGAAUGAGCUGGAGAUCUACGAACUAAUUCACAACUUCAUAGAGACACUGGACAAGUACUUCAAUCGCGUGGUGAGUGUCUCACUCAGCCACGUGGUGAGCGUCUCACUCAGCCACGUUGUGAGCGUCUCACUCAGCCACGUGGUGAGCGUCUCACUCAGCCACGUGGUGAGUGUCUCACUCGGCCACGCGGCAGCAGCAGCAACAGCAGAGAAAGAGCAACCUCCUAUUGAAGGGAGGUUGGUUGAGUGUUUAUCCUGAAAGCCUUUAUGCCUGGUACAGGGAACACGUGAAGAGGACCAGAGCGAAAACACUGAGGGCAAUCUUAUAGUUGGUGUGCAAAUGGAUUGGGAACCAGUGGAGAGUUUUAAGGGUUGGUCUGAUCUAGUCUUAUUUAUGAGUGCAAGUGGCAGCAGCAUUUUUGAUUUUUUGGAGUGUGGAAGUGAGGAGUUUGAGAGGCUAUAAUGGAGAGAGAUGCAAUUGUCAAGCCAAGCGGUGAUGAAGACAAUCAUUAGAAAACCAAAAAUGUAGCAUAUGACCAUGGCGAUCUCACAGUAUAUAUUACCGCUGCUUGAAACUGGUCUUUGAUCCAUCAAUUUAAAUUAAUUAUCAUGCUCAUGAUAUAGACAUAGAAUAGUGUAAGAAUACUGAAUGUAGAAUUGAAAUGUUGUGUGACUGGGUCACAUGAGCCCUGCAGCCAUUUUAGUAUCCACAUGCUUGAUAAUGAUAUAUAUGUUUUAACUAUUUGAGUUGGACAGUUCAACAUUGCACUUCUAAUGCUGUUGUCUCAUCCUUUCAGUGUGAACUUGCCGUAUCCUUUGAAGCUCACGAUGCUUUACGAGCAGUAAGUUCUAGCUGGUAUCGGAAGCACUCCUAUUUCGGUUGUGUGCUGAUUUUGUUCGUAUAACCGAUUAUGUGGCAUGCUCAAGCACAAACUUAGUAAAGCCUCUAGGGUUGUCAGUCUGUUCGUGUUGUGGGAGUUUCCACUGCAGCAUGUGAAUAACGCAACGUGUGCAUACACGGAUGCGAGUGGGUGUAGGCACGCCCGAAGAAGCAGCCCGGUCAUAGUCCCAGGAGCUGUGCGUGUUUGUUUACACACGUGUACAUCAAUGACUGGUAACGUGGUCGUGUUUUUGUUACUCAGGAAACACUCAGCUAUUUGGAUGUUCACGCUUUUAUGUAUAAUGUCCCAGAUAACCUGAUAGCUGACGUAACUCUACAGGAAUGUUUUAAAAGCAACUUUCGAUCAUGUACUUGGGAAAAGCUAAAGUGGUGGUGAGGGUGGAGGGAGAGUAUGGCCUGAAGGCUGUCUGUGAAGUGCCUAGGUGAAUCCUUGACACGGCGA